AGGUAAUUUAGACUUCGUCGAGCAUGGAAUUAUUCACAGCUUUGAGCUUAUUCAGCCGACAAAAGUACGAAGCUUGCGCCGCGGUAUGCACAGAUUUGUUGCGGAAAAAUCCGUUGGAUCAGGCCGUGUGGGUCUUGAAAAUGCGUGCCUUAACGCUGCAAGUCUACGUGGACGACAUCGAAGGCGAGGAGGAGGGAAUCGCGGAGACUCUGUUAGAUAAUUAUGCAAUAUCUACGAUGCCCAGGCCGGGAACUUCCCUGAAAAAUCCUGGUACCAGUUCCACUGGUCAAGGGGUGCGACCGAAAUCUCAAUCCGGUAGACCCGUUACCGGGGUAGUACGACCUGCCACUCAGGCAGCGAUGUCCCAGUCUAUUGAACAGGCAUUGCGAACACCAAGAACAGCAAUGACUGCCAGGCCAAUUACAGCAAGCUCAGGACGCAGCGUUAGGCUUGGCACAGCGUCGAUGCUGACGGAGCCCGGUGGGCCUUUUAUCCAACUGUCGCGAUUAAACAUAACUAAAUACGCUAAUCAGCAAAGCAUAGCGAAACCAUUGUUCGAAUAUAUAUAUUACCACGAACAUGAUGCGAGAUACGCGCUGGACUUGGCCGUUCAGGCGACGCAGGUCUGUCAGUAUAAAGAUUGGUGGUGGAAAGUUCAACUCGGAAAGUGUUAUUACACGUUGGGAUUAGUAAGAGACGCGGAGCAGCAAUUCAAGUCGGCGUUGAAGGAUCACAGGAACGUCGAGACGGUUUUGCGGCUGAUCAGAGUCUACAUCAGGCUCGAUCAGCCAGUGGCCGCGCUGGACACGUGCAAGAAGGGCCUCGAGUUCUUCGCGAACGACGUUACAAUUCUCACGGAGAUGGGCCGGAUAUUCGAGAGCCUGAACAACGCGACGAUGUCCAUGAAAUAUUACAAGUUAAUUGCGCAGGAGGACGCUUCUCACACCGAGGCGAUCGCCAGUAUAGGCAUGCAUCAUUUUUACAAUGAUCAACCGGAGCUAGCUUUGCGUUAUUACAGGCGCCUCUUGCAAAUGGGCGUACAUAACGCCGAGUUGUUCAACAACCUCGGGCUUUGUUGUUUCUACGCUCAGCAAUACGAUCAUACUAUAUCAUGCUUCGAAAGAGCAUUAAAUCUUGCAACCGACGAGAACGCGGCCGACGUGUGGUACAACAUUUCUCACAUAGCUAUUACGCUGGGCGAUCUGAUAAUGGCCGAGGAGUGUUUAAGGCUAGCCGUCGCCAGCGAUAAUAGGCAUGCUUUGGCUUAUAACAAUCUCGGCGUGAUAGAAAUGCGCAACGGGAACGUUACCGCGGCGAGAACAUAUUUCCAUGCAGCAGCUAACAUCGCUAGCUACGUGUACGAGGCGCACUUCAACAGUGCGCAUUUAGCUUACGAGGUUGGAGACCUGCAGACAAGUUACAUCGCGGUACAAAAGUCGUUGAGCGCGUAUCCCGGACAUUACGACAGCAAGACUCUUUUGCAGAAACUGCAAAGAUACUUCUCACACAUGUGAAAUAAACUACGAGAGAUUCU